GCACUCGACCGGGCAUCUUGGCACGCGGCAAGGCACUCGACCGGGCAUCUUGGCACGCGGCAACGCACUCGACCGGGCAUCGUGGCACGCGGCAAGGCACUCGACCGGGCAACUUGGCACGCGGUAAGGCACCCGACCGGGCAUCGUGGCACGCGGCAAGGCACUCGACCGGGCAUCUUGGCACGCGGCAAGGCACUCGACCGGGCAACUUGGCACGCGGCAAGGCACUCGACCGGGCAACUUGGCACGCGCCAAGGCACUCGACCGGGCAACUUGGCACUCGACCGGGCAACUUGGCACGCGGCAAGGCACCCGACCGGGCAACUUGGCACGCGUCAAGGCACUCGACCGGGCAUCUUGCCGACCGGGCAUCUUGGCACGCGGCAAGGGCAUCGUGGCACGCGGCAAGGCACUCGACCGGGCAUCUUGGCACGCGGCAAGGCACUCGACCGGGCAUCAUGGCACGCGGCAAGGCACUCGACCGGGCAUCUUGGCACGCGGCAAGGCACUCGACCGGGCAUCAUGGCACGCGGCAAGGCACUCGACCGGGCAUCUUGGCACGCGCCAAGGCACUCGACCGGGCAUCUUGGCACGCGGCAAGGCACUCGACCGGGCAUCCUUGCACGCGGCAAGGCACUCGACCGGGCAAGUUGGCACGCGGCAAGGCACUCGACCGGGCAUCUUGGCACGAGGCAAGGCACUCGACCGGGCAUCCUUGCACGCGGCAAGGCACUCGACCGGGCAUCAUGGCACGCGGCAAGGCACGCGGCAAGGCACUCGACCGGGCAUCUUGGCACGCGGCAAGGCACUCGACCGGGCAUCUUGGCACGCGGCAAGGCACUCGACCGGGCAUCUUGGCACGCGGCAAGGCACUCGACCGGGCAUCCUUGCACGCGGCAAGGCACUCGACCGGGCAUCAUUGCACGCGGCAAGGCACUCGACCGGGCAACUUGGCACGCGGCAAGGCACCCGACCGGGCAUCCUUGCACGCGGCAAG